AUGGCAUCUAACAGUGGUAAACGUUCCACAUUAUCGAUUGAACAAAGAUUGAAAAUCUUGGAAGCACUGAAAUCCAAAAAAGCAGACGAUGUGGCGAAAUAUUUCAACAUUGGCUAUUCUACGGUGAAGAAGAUCAGGCAAAACGAAGAAGAAAUUCGAAAAGUCGUGGUGAACAAUGGUAAUUUAAGUCGAAAACGAAAACGCGAAAGUCCUAACGAAGAAAUCGGCGAAGCGCUUAUUGUUUGGUUCCAUCAAAUGCGAGCUCAAAAUGCCACGAUCAACGGACCGCUGAUGAUGGAAAAAGCCAAGCAAUUGGCAAUCACACUCGAACAUCAAGAACUCAAGCCGUCACACGGUUGGUUGGAACGACUGAAAUCCCGCCACAGCAUUAAGUUUAUCAAAGUUUCGGGUGAACAGGCCAGCGCUGAUCAAGCUGGCGCAAAAAACUGGAUUGAUAAUGUCUUACUCGGUGUGAUCGAAGGCUAUGAUCUGAACGAUGUUUUCAAUGCGGACGAAACCGGACUGUACUACAAAGCUGCACCAUCGGGUACUCUCGCUGUCUCUGGAACUCAUCCUACUGGUGGAAAAACACCGAAAGAUCGAAUGACUGUCCUUUUCUUAUGCAAUUCUACAGGAACUGAAAAGAAGGCAUACGUAAUUGGAAAAUUCAAAAAUCCACGUUGUUUCAAGAAAGCUCGACCCCCGUUGCCAUACUACAGCAGCCCUUACAUAUGCUCAAACGAGCUUGGUUUCUCGUUUCACCCACUACGAUCGAAAACUGUUUUCGAAAAGCUAGUUUUUUUUGUUAAUGUUAACAAUAACGACGUGGACAAAUGGCAGGAGGUUUUGGAUAUAUCGGAGUUCGGUAAUGCUAUACAAGAAGAAGGUUUCAAAGCGUUCGUCGAUUGUGAUGAGGAAGCCGAAUGUUUUGGAACCCUCACCGAUGCCGACAUUUGCGAUUCAGUGAAACUAAAUCGAGAUGGAACGGUCGAUUUAGAGGAAGAAGAAGUCGGAGUUGUUGAUAAACCGAUACCAGGUGUCUCUCAUGAAGAUGCGCUGAUGCAUCUUUCAAUGGUUCGCAGGUAUUUGGAAGAGAAUUUUACAGAUUACAAUUCAUACUAUGAUAUCGAAGACAUGAUCGAAAAGAACAUUUCAAUUAAUCGUAGUCAACGUAAAAUCACAGAUUUUUUUGAAUAA